UAGGUUAUAAAGUAUAAAAGUUCGCAAUGUAUAUCAAACUAACGAAAAACAAAAGGCUAUCCCAACACAGCCAUCAAUCCAUCGUACCGCUUCAGCUUCCGCACGAUCUCCAUCACAGAAUAGGACGUCUUCUUUCUUGCCGCCUCAGUCCACCGUGUUUUGGUAAACAAAAAACUCACGCCGGCAUCACCGUCAUCAGAGCACGCCGACGACAGUGUGCAAAGCGACGUCUAAGGCCUAUACAUUAGUAUAAGCACUGCGGUCGCCCUUUUUGAUUCUCGGAAAACCGCCGCUCGGCACACAGCGGCGUGCCGCCCCGACCAAUCACGAGCGCAGCUCUCGAAAAGUCGCCACUGGCGCACCGCAAGUUCGUACCGGACAUCUGUACCGCGAAGAUCGAAAUCCCAUCUCUCUCUCUCUCUCUCUCUCUCUCUCUCUCUCUCCUCAGACGCAAGGUAAGCCGAAUUCGCUAGCCGAAAACAACGGCCGAUCGCGCGCCCUUCGACACUGCACACUUCAUUAGUCUCCCGGUUCUCGUGUCGCGAUCUCGCGAUCUCGCGUGGAAUAUACUUACGUGUCUUAUUCGCGACGAUGAUGGACCACGAGGUGAAGGCCGAGGUGAAGACCGAGGUGCUCUCGCCGCCGUCUACGGGUAGUUUUCGCAGCAGCCCCGACGGCCCGACCUCGACGAAGAAGCUCGACCCGAUCGACAAGUGGCGCUCGCGGGUGCUCUUUUGCGGACGAACGAGCCACGGAGACGAGGAGGAAAGCUGGUCCAAGAAGAUCGAGAAGCAGAUCGCCGUGCUCCGGGUGGCUUUUCCAUUUCUCACAGAGAGGCAGAUCCAGGGCAAGGCUUGGCAGUCUUGCGGAUUGAACAGCGUCAUGGGCGGCGUGCCGAGGCACGGACUGUCUCAAGGUGUGAAGAAGGAGUUUAUGAAACAUAAAAAUCCUUAUCGCUGCACCAUGUCUCAGGGAUCCAAAGUCAAGAGGGAGCCAAUGAAAAUUGAGAGAGUUGAUAAAAAAUUUGCGCAUUGUCCAUACACCUUUGCAUCACCCACCGGUCAACUGCUAACACCUCAGAGUAUCAUUGAAACUUUGACUUCCCAAAAUGAUUUGGUGGUAAAUCCUUUUAGUCAAUCGCAAGAGAAAAACUCUUCUCCUACCUCAGGGGAUGAUUUACCACCGAGUAGGUCUGCAAUGAAAAGAAAAAGGCGAACCAACAAGAAGGCUACAAACUUGGAAUGUAAUAAAUCAGUGAGUACAACCCAAGGUCAAGAUGUUAUUCCAGAGACGCCGACAAAUUCGAUCAGAAGUACUUCACCAUUCUGCAGUCAACCUUUGAAUCCACAAGUUGCUGCUGGGCUUGAUGAGAUUAUACCAUCCUUGGCUGCAAGAAGUAACUACUUCACACAGGCUCACAUCAGCGAAUGUUCAUCCACUGUACAAUCUAAUAAAGAAAAAACUCAGUCCGGUCUUGAUCAAGGCUUUCCAAAGUAUUCUCAAGUUGACUAUCGUUUUAUUAAAGCUCAAGAACCAGAAGAGGCUUCUGUUCCACCAACCAUGCGCACACCUGAAUAUUUCUUUGUCACUCCAAAGAAUCAAAUUCAAAGAGAUAUAGAUGGAUCACAAAUUGAUUCUGACCCUACAGUAUCUGGCCUUAACAAUGUAUCUGCUGAGAGAAAUCCAAAUUCUACUAAUUAUUUCUGCAGUAACAUGACACCGAACAGGAAUACUGAAAUUCUAGAUGCUAAAAAAAAAAUUAUAUUUGAAACCGUAGCUGAAGUUUAUUACAGUGAUUCGUAUGUACCCGGAAAUAAAAAUAAAAUGGCUUUAAUGCACUUGAUAAAUCAGAAUUUACAAGGAGAAGAUAUAAUAAGAGCUGCUUCUCCAACUGAAAAUAUUGAAAAUCCUCAAAUGUAUACACCUAAAACUUUGCAUCGCACGCAGCAAGAGACCAUUAGGAGAAGAACUUUUUCUAUUGAUGCAGACACAAACGUGGACCAUGCAAAUCAAAUGACAAUCAAUCCUGUGAAUAAUGAUUCACUAAUCAAUACAAAUCCAUCUCGAGUAACAAAUGCAUCUUUUCACUUGUCUGAAAAAGUUUCAGAACUCCAUCAAAGUGCUCUUCAGAGAAGUUUUCAAGAUUAUGCGAAUCAAGCAAGAAGUGAAGGUUACCAAGAGUUUAGAAGUUUCACACAAGAACUUAGAACUCCUGUAUCUCUGCCAACAACACCUCAAAAUCCAAUCCAAUAUGCAAUGCCUGACAGUGUGCUAUUGUCAAAUUAUAGUUCAGAAUAUGAAAAAGCAUAUACAAAAAAAGAUUUGAAUCCAUCUACCUAUAGAAAUUACUAUUUUGCUAAAAUAGAUGAAUCUCUGAAGAAUUAUUUUGAUCAAGUUAUUCCAGCAGAUCAAUACUUGCAAACCUUUUUUAAUGCAUCAGAUAGAAGUUUUAAAAAAGUUCAAAAUGAAGUUCGUCGAAAAGUCAGAAAUAUUUUACUAAGUCUUGAAGAAAAUGAAUCAGGUGAAAACUACUGAAUUUCAUUUAGAAUUAGAA